UUUUGUUGUUGUUGUUGUUGUGAGGGGUGCAGAAUGAAAAAUGAUAAGACGCAGAGGUUUCUCAUGAGAAAAUGAGUUUACAAAAAAAAAAAAAAAAAAAAAAAGGAGCGGAAAGUAGGUUCACAAGUGUACAAGUUACAACACCCAAAUCAGUGAUCAAUGAAACAGAAGCAGAAAGAAAGAGAGAAAUGGCAGAAGUGUUAUGGAGGGCUGGGCAUCCUCUGACAAGCUUAUACUCCCAGAGAAUCCAUGGUGUCAAAUGCUGCUCCACCUCCACCACACGCCAUAAGAGAACCGAUUAUGCCUCUCUCAACCCACAGACUCCUCCCUCGUUGAAAAUAGCUGUAAGUGCAGUCACUGAGCUUUUGCGCCUUCUCUCUCCCUCCUCUUCAGCCAGCGUCACAGAGGAACAAGCGGAUGAAUCCCCAGCUUCAAGUGUGGAUGAUGUUCUCCUCAUCAUUCAAUCUGAUUACGUGAAUGCUUAUUUUGUUACAGGGGAUUUCACGCCUUCUAUUUAUGCUGAAGAUUGUAUCUUCGAAGAUCCAACUAUUAGCUUUCGGGGAAGGGAGUUGUAUGCGCGCAACUUGAAAUUGCUUGUUCCUUUCUUUGACCGUGCAUCAAUUACACUGCAAAAAAUCAGAAAGGUCGUUGAUUCUGACACGAAUUUUGUUGUGGCAACCUGGAAACUAAGGACUAACUUGAAGCUUCCUUGGAGACCUCUGAUUUGUAUUGAUGGGAGCACUCUUUAUGAAUUGGACGGAAAAUUCAGAACAGAUUGUGAAGCAUGUUGAGAGUUGGAAUGUUUCUGCACUUGAAGCUAUUGGUCAGAUUUUCAGCUUCAACUCUGGAAAUUCUGUUGGGUGAAUAAUUCUUAUUGCAUUCACAUCGAUUCUCUGGGUGCUGCAUCCGAUUUGAAUGUGAAUUGACAGAUUGUAUAUACAUCAACAAAAUAAUCAAAUGGCUUGUAGUUCCUCACGAAUUUGGGCAAGAAGCAGUGAACUUUGAAUCUUUUGUUUUUUUUUGGGGGGCCAAAGUGAACUGUGAAGCUUUGGUGUUACAUAUUAUGCUUAUUUCAAACUCAUUGUUUGAGUUGCGUCAUUGGCUCUUAAUUAGGUAUAGAACUUUGUGAAUAAAGUGCAUUGAGUAUUUGGGGAGAA